AUGAUUUAUGCUCGAAGCCAGAGGCCCUUUUGCACUCAUAGCGAGGGCUGGGGCCCCAUCAGCUCAUCGAGAUUCGACUUGACGCCAUGCUUCCUUGACGUGAUUGUGGCGGUAGUGGCUAUCUGGGGUACGCUGAGCGGACUGGGUGCCUUGUGGUUGUUGCUUAGGAAGCGGAUUCCGCAGCCCGUAUCGAAGAACUGGCAUUUCUACACCAAGUUGGCCGUGCUCGCUGCUCUUGUCUUUGUUACCGCCCUUCAAGCUGCGAUCCAGGCCGAAACGCAACCGAACGCCUUCUGGGCCGACUUCCGAUUCUGGUCCUCGGUUCUGACCAUCGUGUCGCUAGGAGUGAUUACUUCGGUACAAUAUUUCGAGCAUUGGCGGAGCAGACAGCCCAACGGGGUUGUCCUGUUUUACUGGCUCUUCUUUAUCAUCGCCUAUGCCGUUAAACUGCGCUCUCUGGUCGCGCGAAAAGCAUUCGUCGACCAACUCCCUUACUUUAUUUGUAUCAACGUGAGUUUGGGUCUGGCACUAGUUGAGUCUGUGCUAGAGUACUUCGUCCCCAAGAAGCAGAGCGCAUACGAUGCUCUGGGAGACGAGGAUGAGUGUCCUUACAACUAUGCCGACAUAUUCUCGGUCCUUACCUUCAGCUGGAUGACCCCGAUGAUGAAAUAUGGAUACAAGAACUACCUGACCCAAGAUGAUCUGUGGAAUCUUCGCAGUCGCGAUACCACCCGGGUCACGGGUGAUGCCCUGAAGGAGGCAUGGGAAGAACAGCUCCAAAGCAAGAAGCCGUCCCUGUGGAUGGCGCUGUUCAAGGCUUUUGGUGGACCCUACGUCCGCGGUGCGAUCAUCAAAUCCGGAAGUGACUGCCUUGCUUUUGUCCAGCCGCAACUCUUGCGACUCCUCAUUUCCUUCGUUGACUCGUAUCGGUACCCUGACCCACAGCCUGUCAUUAGAGGCGUCGCUAUCGCCUUGGCCAUGUUUGUUGUUUCUGUCUGUCAGACCAGCUGUCUUCAUCAAUACUUCCAGCGUGCCUUCGAUACUGGUAUGAGAGUCAAGUCGGCCUUGACCGCUAUGAUCUAUGCCAAGUCCUUGAAACUGUCAAACGAAGGUCGCUCGACAAAGACAACUGGUGAUAUCGUCAACCACAUGGCCGUUGACCAACAGCGCCUUUCGGACUUGACACAAUUUGGUACUCAACUCUUGUCUGCGCCUUUCCAAAUUAUGCUCUGCAUGGUAUCUCUUUACCAGCUCGUUGGACCUAGCAUGUUCGCCGGUGUCGGAGUCAUGAUUCUGAUGAUCCCUCUGAAUGGCGUUAUUGCACGCAUGAUGAAGAAGCUGCAGAUUGUCCAAAUGAAGAACAAGGACUCAAGAACCCGACUGAUGACUGAGAUUCUGAACAAUAUCAAGAGCAUCAAGCUGUACGCCUGGAACACGGCGUUUAUGAACAAACUGAGCCACAUCCGAAAUGACCUUGAGCUUAACACCUUGCGCAAGAUCGGAGCCACACAAUCUAUUGCCAACUUUACCUGGCAGUCAACUCCUUUCCUCGUCUCUUGCUCCACAUUCACUGUUUUCGUGUUGACAAGUGACAAGCCUUUGACCACCGAGAUUGUGUUUCCGGCUUUGACGCUCUUCAACUUGCUGACAUUCCCUCUCUCUAUCCUUCCCAUGGUGAUUACAUCUAUUAUUGAAUCAUCCGUUGCUGUGAAGCGGUUGAUGGACUACUUCACCGCAGAGGAGCUCCAGGGCGAUGCUGUCUCCUUCCAAGACCCCGUGGUACACCCCGGCGACGAGUCUGUUCGUGUGCGUGAUGCUUCGUUCACCUGGAACCGUUAUACAGGAGCCACCGUGCUAGAGAACAUCGAUCUUAGUGCGCGCAAGGGUGAGCUGAGCUGUAUCGUUGGCCGAGUCGGUGCUGGAAAGUCUUCUCUUCUUCAGUCACUGUUAGGUGAUCUCUGGAAGAAUCAGGGAGAAGUUGUCGUGCGUGGUCGCAUCGCGUACGUCGCUCAAGCACCUUGGGUUAUGAAUGCCAGCGUCCGGGAAAACAUUGUUUUCGGACAUCGAUGGGAUCCAGCUUUCUAUGACCUUACCGUGGAAGCAUGCGCCCUAAUUGAUGACUUCAAGAACUUGCCGGAUGGUGAUCAGACCGAAGUCGGAGAACGUGGCAUCUCUCUUUCCGGAGGACAAAAAGCACGCCUGACACUCGCCAGAGCAGUAUAUGCUCGUGCCGAUAUCUAUCUUCUGGACGACGUUCUCUCCGCAGUUGAUCAGCAUGUUGGACGUCAUAUCAUCAACAAGGUUCUCGGAAAGACCGGUCUUCUCAGCGGCAAGACCAGAAUUCUUGCAACCAAUGCAAUCACUGUCCUCAAGGAGGCGGACUUCAUUGGCUUGCUCCGUGAUAAGACCAUCAUUGAAAAGGGAACAUAUGAACAACUGAUGGCCAUGAAGGGCGAGAUCUCCAAUCUCGUUCGUACAACCGUGGUGGACUCGGAUGAUGAAGGUACUGCUAGUGGAUCUAGUGGAUCCGAGGAUCUUACCAGCGUCGAAAGCUCAGUUGAGACUGCUAUUCUUCAAAACGGCGGUGACUCCGAUGCUGAUAACACAGAGCAACCCGGCGAUCUUAUUCCCAUCAAGGCAGCUGGCGAAGCUCGCAGACGUACCAGCACCGUUACUUUGCGCCGUGCAAGCACCGUGAGUUGGCAAGGUCCCCGGCGCAAGCUAGGAGACGAGGAGAAUAUUCUCAAGAGCAAGCAAACCCAGGAAACCUCGGAGCAAGGAAAGGUGAAAUGGAGUGUCUACGGCCAAUAUGCAAAGGACAGCAACACCGUCGCUGUCGGAUUUUACUUGUUCGCCAUGUUGGCCGCCCAGACUGCUCAGGUUGUUGGAAACUACUGGCUGAAGAACUGGACUGAGUGGAACGAGGCUCAUGGAACCAAUGCUCAAGUUGGCAAGUUUAUCGGAGUCUACUUGGCCCUCGGGUUGGGCUCGUCUCUUCUAGUCAUUCUCCAGAACUUGAUCCUGUGGAUUUUCUGUUCUAUCGAAGCGUCUCGCAAGCUUCAUGAGCGCAUGGCAUUUGCCAUCUUCCGCUCACCCAUGAGCUUCUUCGAAACCACACCAUCUGGCCGUAUCCUCAAUCGCUUUUCCAGUGAUAUUUACCGUGUUGAUGAAGUACUUGCCCGUACUUUCAACAUGCUGUUCGCCAACUCUGCUCGUGCCAUCUUCACCAUGAUUGUCAUUUCAACUACGACCCCUGCGUUCUUGUUGUUUGUCAUUCCUCUGAGCUAUAUUUAUCUCAGCUACCAGAAGUACUAUCUGAGAACGUCGCGCGAGUUGAAGCGUCUCGAUAGUGUCACGCGAAGCCCAAUCUUCGCUCACUUCCAGGAGUCCUUGGGCGGCAUUUCCACUAUUCGUGCCUAUCGCCAAGAAAACCGGUUUGCUCUCGAAAAUGAAUGGCGCAUGGAUGCCAACCUACGGGCUUACUUCCCGUCCAUCAGCGCUAACCGCUGGCUCGCCGUUCGUCUGGAGUUCAUCGGCUCCAUCAUCAUUCUGGCAUCUGCCGGACUUGCCAUCAUGUCCGUUGCUAGUGGCAGUUUACUUUCCCCGACCGUCGAGGUUGAGACUAACAUUGUGUCUGUUGAGCGAGUGCUCGAGUAUGCCAGUCUCCCUAGUGAGGCACCCGAGGUGAUCUUCAAGCGCCGCCCUGCUAUCGGCUGGCCGGCUCAAGGUGCUGUUUCAUUUAAUGAUUACAGCACCCGCUACCGCCCCGGGCUCGACCUUGUGCUCAAGGAUAUCAAUCUCGAUAUCAAGCCUCAUGAGAAGAUUGGUGUCGUUGGCCGUACUGGCGCUGGAAAGAGUUCGCUUACACUGGCUCUGUUCCGUAUUAUUGAGGGUGUCAACGGCAACAUCAGCAUUGAUGGGCUCGAUGUCUCUACGAUUGGUUUGUUCGACCUUCGUGGCCGUCUUGCCAUCAUUCCUCAAGAUCCUGCCAUGUUCGAGGGCACCCUGCGUGACAACUUGGACCCUCGUCAUGUCCAUGACGAUACUGAACUGUGGAGUGUUCUAGAUCACGCGAGAUUGAAGGACCAUAUCUCCGGGAUGGAGGGACAGCUGGAUACCCAGAUUCAGGAAGGAGGCUCCAACUUGAGUCAGGGCCAGCGCCAGCUGGUGUCUCUCGCACGCGCCCUGUUGACACCCAGCAACAUCCUUGUUCUGGACGAGGCAACCGCCGCGGUUGACGUAGAAACCGACGCACACCUGCAACGCACCCUGCGCAGCAGUAUCUUCCAGGACCGAACCAUCAUCACGAUCGCGCACCGCAUCAACACGAUCAUCGACUCCGAUCGUAUCGUCGUUUUGGACAAGGGGCGUGUGGCGGAGUUCGACACGCCCGCAGAGCUGAUCAAGCGUGGCGGCAAAUUCUACGAGCUCGCCAAGGAGGCCGGCCUGCUCGACAACGACGGUGCCAUUGCCUCCUCCCAAACAGCGUAA